AAGUGCACGCGCGUUUGUUUCUUGCAAUCGUGGAAUUCCAUUAAAAAAAACCUUUCAACCUUUUUUUUUUACCGCGAUCACGAGAGCUUUGAUUUUUAAUCUAUAGUUUAAAAAUAUCGCGCACCUAAUUUUUUUCACGCAUCUAUGUCAUUUUCAAAAAUCGAAUGUCGUUCGAGUUUUUAUUAGUGAUGUGUAUUUAUUUUGGAGUGAACUAGUUCAAGGGAGUGUACUUUACCGUUAUAACGUAACGUUAUUCAAACACAACGUUAAUUUGUAUGCACAAAAUUGGAAAACGUACAGGUGUUCGGUAUGGUUAUCGAUUUAUACUCGUAAGCUUUGAUCACCUAGUGCCGGUACUAAAACCGGUUAUUGUGUAACUUUUUGGAGAAAAUAGCUUCGUUAAAAACGUGUUAAUUCGCCGGAAAACUUGUUAGUGAUCGAGAUUUUUUUUUCUGUGAUGAAAGUGGUAUGAAUCAGUGUUUAUGAGGAUGCGCGGGCGCGUGCCGAUUCGUUGUUUAGUGUUUUGUGUAAAGUGAUAAGCAAUGAGUGUUCCAAAUUUGAGCGUGGACCAAAUUACAGAGAUCGAAGCAGCAGAGGCAUGCAAAUGGCUGCGAGCUGCCGGCUUUCCCCAAUAUGCGCAGAUGUACGAGGACCUCCAGUUCCCAAUCGACAUAUCAGGGGUCCAAAACGACCACCCGUUCCUCGACGCCGACUCGCUGCAGUCCCUCUUCAGGCGACUCACUGCACUCAACCGCUGCGCGAAUAUGAAGCUGGAACACCACCACCAUCAAAAGAGAUCCAACGACUCAGACGACGAGCAGUGCGCUUUAAGUGACAAGUGGCAAUACGAGAGGAAGUCUAGAAGAUGGUCGAGAGUCGUCGAGAUCACGCCGCAGGCCCAGAGAAGAUUGCAGGUUAUAGCAGCCCGUGCUUUAGCAGAGAGAGAAGCGCGGGAGGCGCGAGGGGAGGUCGAAGAUGAUGAAGAUGAGACCCUACCCACCAUCAGGGUGGGGUUGGUGGAUGCAGAUGGACACUACACAGAUGUUGAGCCUGAUAUAUUAACAGUACCAGGUCAACAAACUCACAUUCAGUUACCAAGCGACAAAGAAGAUGAAGAGGAAACGGGUACCAGAUUCCGACGAACUGGUUCAGAAAGACUACGUGAUGGAGCUAAAGCUUUACUACGAAGAGUUGAAUCCCUCAAAACGAGAAGAAGAAAGCGACAGAAUAGAACAGAAGUUAUAGUAUCAUCACCGCAUUUUCUAGAUGUUCAACAGGACAAAUAUCCUGAGUUGAACUACAUAGACAUGACUCCAACCUCACCAACUGCCUUUCCUUUCCCAGACUUCCACAGUUCCCCUAUCCAUGCUCCAGCUAUUAGAACACAACCUCCUUCUCCUAUGACGAUCAUGCCACCGUCACCUAUAGCACCUUUAGAACAAGCCUUUCCAAUUCUACACCCUCCUUUCGGUGAUGAUAGUUCUAGUUACGCGUCAGAUAACAGUAUGGGGUCAAGCAAUAAAAGUUCCAAGUCAAAAUUAGGUAGAGCCAAGAGGAUCUUCCAUCGAGGUCUGAAAAGUGACGAUUCAAGCGCCCUUAGUGAUUCAGAAUGUCAACCUGCAAGUUGGAGACACAACUAUUAUAAGGAACAUAAUACUCAUCAUAAUACAGAGGUAAGCAUAGAACCACUGGCACCGCAGUUAGAACUAAAACCGGAUCCUGAAGUGCUACGUGAAGUGCAGAAAUCUCCAGCCCAUACCCACCACAGACGGCAAGCUAUUAGAACAAGCUCUUUGAACUUAGGAAAAGAAGGACAAAAAUUUCGAGAUAGAAGCCUUAAAAGAGACAAAUCUGCGUCUAGAAGUUCAGAAAUGGAUAGCAGUCCAAACUCCGCGGGAUCUAGAUCACAUGAUGGAGAUCAUGACGAUGACGAUGAUAGUCUUGAUAUGAAGACUAAAAAACACAACAUACAGAGAUGGUACUCCUUUAGAACGAACACUCUAAAUGGCGGGCCAAAAGCAAAUAACACGUUGCAGCCUUCACCAAAUCAGAAGAAUCCUGAAACCUACCUAUCCCGUCCUAUGUCCUCAUUAUCAUGUGGUCAGCUCCAUAUACUAAGAAAACUGGCUCUGUUACGGCUCACAGCUUGUAUGGAACGAUACUGUCCAUCACAUAAAUCUGGUUGGAACUGGGAAUUACCAAAACUUAUUAGGAAAAUCAAAACACCGGAUUACAAAGAUAAAACUGUUUUUGGUGUACCAUUGACUGUAUCAUUGCAAAGGACAGGACAUUCGUUACCAAAACCAAUUCAGUGUGCUCUUAAUUGGUUGAAAAAUAAUGCAUUAGAUCAGAUGGGUAUAUUUCGAAAAGCAGGUGUGAAAUCGAGAAUAGCAAAACUCCGUGCAAUGGUAGAAUCAGCCGGAGGCACAAACGCGGCUUUCGCUAUAGAAAACAUCAACACCAUUGAUCCAAACCAGUCUAGUCUAAACUUCGAUGGUGCGCAGGCGCACGAUGUAGCGGAUAUGGUCAAGCAGUAUUUUAGAGAGCUACCAGAUUCAUUAUUGACGAAUAAACUGAGUGAAACAUUUAUUGCAAUUUUUCAACACGUACCUGAACCACUGAGACCUGAUGCUGUGCAAUGUGCUUUGUUGCUUUUACCAGAAGAACAUUUAGAAGCGUUGCAAUCUCUUUUAAUAUUUUUGUCUGAGGUAGGAGAACAUUCGGCUGUGAAUCAGAUGACAGCUUCCAACUUAGCAGUUUGUUUUGCACCAACGUUGUUAAGGCUUCAUCACGCGCCUCCACACACCGGCAGCACUAAAGAGGGCAACUCAAAUAGGACGAUCAUAGAAAGCAUAGCAGAUCAGCGUCAAAUCAGUGAAUCGCGGGCAGCUCAUGCGUGUCUAUUGCUGCUCAUACAACAGCAUCAACAACUGUUUUUGGCGCCUGCUGAUAUGCUGGCAAGAUGCAAGUUCAACUACUUUGAAGAGAGCGUGCCGGUCGCCCUUGAAGAACUAGGCGCAGACUUUAAUCAAGACUGGAAAGGUUUCCAGCAAGCCUGCAUCAAAGCUUUACUAAAAGAAGCCAAAGAAAAAACGCGAGGUUGGAUGUCAGUGUCAGGAGCGGCGCCUCACGUGGAGUUGUGCUGCAAGAAGGUAGGGGACGGCCAUCCGCUGAGAUUGUGGCGUGCCACCACUGACGUUGAAGCGCCGCCGCAGGAGGUUAUGCAAAGGAUACUCCGCGAACGGCACAUUUGGGAUGAUUCUCUGGUGAAGUGGAGGGUUGCCGAGAAGUUGGGGCCGAACGCUGAGGUGUUUCAGUACAUUACAGCAUCUAGCUUCAACUUAGCGCCGAGAGACUAUUGCAUUUUGCGGUCAUGGCAGCAAGGUGGUGGGGGUGGCGGAUGGUGUGCGGUCGCGGAAACGUCAGUAGCUCACGGAGCGCCGCCGACAGAGGGUGCGCGGGGAGUGGUCCUCGCCUCCCGAUACCUCGCUCAACCGGCUGGGAAGGGCAGAAGUCGACUGGUGCAUUUAGCUAGGGUUGAUACCAUGGGCCGAACACCCGAAUGGUACAACAAAUGCUACGGUCACAUCUGCGCUCUGUACUUAGCGAGAAUCCGAGCCUCUUUCAAGCACAACACAGAAGGGCCCGAGUCGAAUGUAUGAUCCAAACAUUCCGCUUAAGUCCACUCCAUAUUGGACUGGAUUUAAGCCUGAAAAGACUUUGUGAUAUGUGAAUACGUUAAGGCUGUGUUUGUGAAAUAUGAAUUCAGCCUUAGUAAUGGCGUUGUUUGUGAAAUAUGUAUACAGCCUUGGGUACCUACAGGCGUUUUAUUAAGGUGCAAACAAAUUAAGUACAAUAUCGAAGUGAUGUCUCACUCAACUGACAUCUGGCAUCUGAUGGCAACUUCUUGGCGUCUGUAUAAUAAGCUAAAAAUGGCGCCAACGACGCAAUUAUCAUUAACUUAUUCAGCUGGGAAUUAUAAGGUCCAGGUUUUGAGUAAUGGGUUGUGUCAAAAAGUUAUAGGGUUUUCUGUCGCAUUGCCCGUCGGAUUAUGAGAAUGAGGGAAUGGAGUUUGCACCUAUUUUUGUGCACACAUUCGGGCACUAUAAUAAUUCCUACGUAGUCAAUGUUGUUAUUUUAGGAAGGAACUUUAUUUUACAAUAUUAUUGAUUCCGAUGUUUGAUUCCGAUUACCACAACAAUUCGCGACACUAGUUUGUAUGCACCUUAAAGUCAAAAAUUUGUGUUGUUAAAAUGUAAGCCACCAAUCGUGGUUUGUUAAAGUUGAUGGCAUAUCUAUCAGCCGCACGCACCGCAUUUCGUUUAUCGUCAUUCUGUUGACGGCAUUUGAAAAUAAAAUGAAAUAAAAGCUAUCGCUUUUCUUAAGUGUGUAAGAUGGGUAGUCGUCAAGUUCAUAGCUUUUAUUGCAAGUUUUCUAGUUAACGAGAUUAGAGUUACGUUGCCUUUGUAUGGAGAUAUCAAAUCCCGCUUGUUUCAAGAUCGGAUGAAGUUUUUAUAAUUUUGAGAAAUUACUAAAAAAAAUCCUAAAUCCUCUUAUCUUAUAAUGCAUGGCGAUUGGUGACAGAUAUGCGAUCAACUUGAAAUUUUGAUAUUAAUGAUAGUCAUACAAUAUGUAAAUUUUAAGCAUAAUCUUUUUGAAAAAAUAAUAUUUAUUAGUAUAAAUAGAAGUUUUACCUACCUCCAACAUUCGUGUUAUAUUCUAUACCUUAUAAGGGCCGCAUUACAUGAGGUAGCUACUCGACUGACAGUUAAUAUCUUUAUUUUAAAAUUGAAAUAAAUAGGUAGGUAUAAUAUAUGAGAUGACGAAAUAAACGCAAUGCUUUAUCAUAAAAUAACAUAAUAUCAUUAAGGCACACACAUAUUACCUAUAUAUGUGUAGUAUGUGGCAGCAAAAGUAAAUAAUAUGACGAAGUUUCACUUUAAAAGUUUCAGGGCAAAGUGCUUUAUUUGUAAAGUUUUACUUCAUUUUAUCGAACUGAUAUACCUACCUUUGUCGAAAGGCCUACCACAGACUAAGAAAAUUACACUGACUAACUAAGAAUCCUAUAUAAGGUAUUCCUUCGAUUUAAAAUGAUUAGGCUGUGGCCUGUGAGAUGAAUGUAAUACGGCCCUUAUCGCCCACAAGGGACCUACCAAAAAGCCUGACUGCAUUAUGCAUAUUAUUUAGUUUUCUUUAGGUUAGAAAAUUAUAUUUUAUACGAAAUUCGUUGUAAAAUUCCCCCCAUGGUGCAUUAUGUAAAUAUUUUAUAUUAUUAAGAUAUAAGAAAUCAUCACAAUUUUCAAUAAUAAUUACUUAUAUAAAUUGUAAUAUCUCAUAAUAUUAUCUAUAUCAACAAGUAUUAUAAUUAUAGCGUUGUACUUAGCAGUUUGUAGCACGAACUCCUGAACUUUAACAUUGAAUAAGCAGAUAUAAAUAUUUGAGAUGAUCUUCCGAACAUCAAUUCAUAUUAAGUUUGGGAGCUAUGAUGCUACAAACAAUAAUAAUACGUCAAAGACAACUCCCGUGUUCUUGCAUCGGGAUAUAAAAAUGUUUUACCAAGCUCUAUGUAAAGUUAUCAUUACAUAUCACUAGUCAUAUCUAUUAUUAUAUUAACAUAAUGUUCAAUAUUAAAAUAAGA